AUGGAUAACGCGCGCUGUUUGCUGUUGGCUUUGCUGGCCGUACAGAAUCUCGGAAAAGAAGAGAAAGCUAUGUUCCGAGCUCAUUCGGACGCGUGCAUGUCAGAGUCUCACGUGGAACCCAAUAUUCUAGAAAACCUGCUCAAAGGCCACUUGGUGGAUGAUCCAGCCCUCAGGAGACAUGUGUACUGCGUCCUGCUCAAAUGCAAGCUGAUCGGAAAGGACGGCAAGAUGCAGAAGGCGGCCGUGCUGGGUAAGCUAGCGACGCGCAACGACGGAAGGAAUAUCACCAAGGUUUUGGAGAGCUGCGCAGAUCAGCCCGGUGACAACCCGGAGGACUUGGCGUGGAACCUCUUCCGCUGCGGUUACGACAAGAAGGCGGCCGAAUGGAAACCGAAAGCUAUAGCGAUUUUGGUCGGCUUGUCUCGAUAUAGAUUAGUGUGCGUCGCGCGCGUGGACAAGCCGACGUCGACGCCAUCUCUCCCUCGCCGGUGCAUCGCUCAGCGCCAGCACAUGUCCCGAGAUAUGCUGCCCGAAGCUGCAGAAGUGAUGCGUCGAGCGGCGUGCGGCGAUCUAUGCCCUGCGCCCGCGCCGCAAUCGCCCACUUUCAGAUCGUCAGAAAACAAGGAACUUCUCCGUCAACAGCUGCUCGCAGCGAGUAAAGACCGAAGUGAGAGAGUCGAGCCCAAGGCUAAGAGUCCUCGAAACAGGCAGAAGAAUAGAUGGAAGCUCAAAUUCCAUCAUCAAGCGUUGCCGCAAGAAUACCUUGAUCACUAUGAACAGACGCUUAAGGCUUCGGCUAAGAAAAAAUCUCAAGACAAACCUAAAGAGCAAACCGACGUAACCAGUGAAGCAUUCAAGCUGUGGGCGCAGCGUCUCGCCGGCGUUCAACCCGACGAAACCCUUAACCCUCCUCGAGCUUCGGACCAAACAGGGGCCAAGACUAAAGAGGAGAAAAAGAAGAAGCCUGCGAACCAUCCAAGCAAAGUCAUGACGUACGAGAAUUUACCGUAUAUGGGUGAAAUGACGCUCAACAACUCCAAACCGAGACGCGGUAGGAAACCCAAGAAGGCGGAUAUUUGUCAUCUCAUUUAUGAGAACUACGGAACUGUUGUACCCGGACAACCACCACCGCAGGACAAGCUAAACUCUAAUCUCUGCAAUUCUAUUAGAACAGAGACGCCUGUCAACACGUCAAAAACGGAUUUACAAAACAAGAUAAUCACGAGUCUUUUGGAGAGGAAACUCUCACAAGAAAGCAAGAGGAGACUGGAGAAUCCCACUCCGCCCAGAUUCUGCAGCCCAGACGAGCCUAUGCCGGAAGCGCCUCUCACGACUGCGGGGCCCCUGCAUAGCGACGACGAACCGUUGAACCUGUGCAUCAGAGACCUGCAUGACUUGAAGAUACAGAUACGGAAAAAGUUCGGCAACAUCUACUCGUCCAUACCGGAUAUCAAAAGUGAAGCGAUCGACGAAGAGGAAGGCAGAAAAAGCGAACAGCCGAAUGCCAUCUCGGUCAUCCAACGGAACACGAACGUUCCUCACACGGCUAGCAGUUCGCCUGACCUCUCGCAUCAGACUAGAAACGUGUCUCCAACACUGUCCGAGCCGGCCCGUUCGUCUCGCCUCAGUCCGGAGGACGACAAAUUCCCUGGCUAUGUGUACUGGCCCAACGCAGGGAUCUAUAUGCACCCACUAGCGCUACAGACACAACUAUUGUAUUAUCAGAGGCUAGCGGCCGCUGGACGGUCCCCCAUCGCUCGGGAUAAGGACGGAGAGACAUCCGGCACCAAAACUGUCGAAGACAAAACACUCGACGAAAACAAAAACAAACUAGUUUUAAAACAAAUAUCCGAACUAUUGGACCCUAAAAUGAUAAAAGAUGCAACGAAAGGACCUGAACCGGCAACUAAAAGAACUUCACCAAAUCCGCAGCGAGGCCCAGUUAAGAGAAAACGAUCGGCGAUUUUUAUUCCCCCCAUGCCCGUCAAAACUAACACGUCGACGCCAACCGCGGAAGUCAGCAUUUGUAAAUUUAAAUUUACCGGAGGGUCAAAACCGUCGUUGCAAGAGAAAAAAAUGCUCUCGGUCGACUCGGGGGGUAAUUUUAGGUACUACAGCGGCACGGGGAGCAAAAAUAGCAAGGCCUACGACUACAUCCAGAAGAACAGCGAAGAGCAUAUCGGUUUCUCUGAACCAACUCUCUUAGCGCCGGCGUCCGACGGUCUCGCGCUUAAAGAUGAGCUCAGCAAGAAGAAAAGGAAGUCGAGAAAGACUUUGCAGAGGGAGAAAUUAGAGCAGACAUUUAAGGAGAAGGGAUUUCUUAUACAAACACAGCAAUUGCAGUCGGCCGAGGGCGCCACGUACUGUAAGUUCAGACAGCUUAGAAAAUUCACGAGGUACCUGUUCAGAAGCUGGAAAGACUACCUUCCAGGGGAAUUAGACGAAAAGGCCGCGCAACAAAGCCAGGAAAGGCCUCAGCCUCCUCCGGCUGAUGAAGCCUCUUCUGACUGGAGGUGA